CUGGAUGGGACGUGUGAUGUGUGAUGACGUCAUCACAUCACGUCCUGCACGUCUUCCAUGUUGCAGUGUGCAACUGUUCACGCGCCACUUUUUUUGCAUGUGUAAUUCAAAUUAUGGACGGUUUUAGAGGAUUGUAAUCAUUUUUUUUUUAUUUUUAUAUUCUAUUUUACCAUUUUUAUGGUUUUUUAAGUGUUUGUAUAAAAGGAAAGUAAGUUUGUUUUUAUAAAUAUUCAUCUUGAGCUUUUCUUUUCUCUGUUUUCGUUUUAUACAGAGUAUAGGGGUUAGGGUUUCUUCUUCUUGGGGUGGUUUAUUUUUGUAUUAGCAAGAGAGUUUGAGUGCAUCAUUUUCGUUUAUUGCCUUGUUAUUAUCAUCUGUAAACCUAAAAAAUGGUUAAAACUCGUUCCUCAAUUUCUCCUUCGCAUUCUGUAAAGGUAGCUGCUGAUAAGAAGAAAAUGGAAAAUGUCUCCGAUGAUGGAGAUCGUGAUGAUUCUGAUCGUUCUGGUGGUUCUGGUGGAUCAUCGGAUGGUAGCCGUGGCUCGGCAUUGCAAAAGAGAAAAAGAGUUGUUGAUAAAGUGAAGAAAGAAGAUGUUCGAAAUGUGAAAAAGAUGAAGCAAGUUGCUGAAGAUUUGCCUGAGGAUUAUGAUAGUGAAGACUUGGAGGUUGAAGUUCGUAAUGAUUUGAAGGAAUGGGAUUUAUAUUUCAAGCCUGGUGAAAAGAUUCAGGGAAAAGUGAUGUUAUUCCCUAAUCAGGAUAACAUUGUUGUCAAAAAUAUUAAUUCCAAGUUGACUAAAGAUCAACGUAAGUUGUUUCGUGAUACUUGUUUUGGUUAUUUUUUGGAUAGCCAUCCUGUUGGUUUUCAGUCUCAAUUAGUUCAUAAUGCCUUACAUAGGGAGGUAUAUCAGAAAAAUGAAAAAGAAAUGUGGUUUAAGUUUGGUGAUGAGAAUUUCAGAUUCAGUUUAGCUGAGUUUGCUGUUGUUUCUGGUUUACUGUGUGUUGGUGAUGCCGAUUUGAGUAAGUAUACACACAGAGAAAAUGCUUUUGUUGAUCGAUAUUUUUGUGAUCAGACAGUGACUGUUAGUGCUGUUGAGCAUAGGUUUAUGUAUAGUGAUUUCAAGUCAGAUGAGUAUGCUGUGAAGAUGGCUGUUUUGUACCUUGUUACUAAUUGUUUGAUUAGUAGUGUUUACUCAAAAAAAGUUCCUGUUGAGAUUUUGAACAUAAUUGGGGUUGAUGAGUAUGGUAGUUUUCCAUGGGGUAUACCAGUGUUUGAAUUAACUUUGCACAAUUUAAAGAUUGGUCUGAGGGGUGUUAUGAAGGGAAAAGGUGUUGCUAAGCCUCUUGCUAAGGUUAAAGGGAAACAUUUGGAAAAGGGUCCUCGAUCUUAUAAACUUCCUGGUUUACCUUUUGCAUUUUUGGUUUGGUUGUAUGAAACCAUUCCUUUGUGCUUGAAGGCAAAGUUUUGUUCCUAUGAUUCUGGUAAACCAUAUAGGUUUUGUAGAUGGAAGAGUAUUGGAAAUCCUAAUUCAAGUGAAGUUGAGAAGAAAGUUCUAUCUUCAAAUAAGGUAUUUUUUAUAUUUUGUAAAUUGUUUAUUUGUUGUUUUUAUUAUAUUUUGUAA